AUGGAGGGCUUUUCGGACGGCGACCCGGACAUUCCACUUCUGGGACAGAUUGGCCAGCAGAUUCGUGGCCUGAGGAACCAGCUUGCUGCCGCGCGCCGAGAGACCGAGCACUUCAGCGAGAGGUUGCGGGCGAGUGAGCAGGAGAACGGCGAUUUGCGACGUGAGAAGGCCGAAUCGACGCGACGAGCUCAGGCCAUUGAUCAGGUAGGUCGACAGGGUGCAGUCGAAGCUCAGAGGCUGCAGGUGGGCAUGUUAUUGGCUUGGCAGGGCAGAUUUGCUGACUCGGAUUUCCCUCUAUUACACAAUAGGCUUCAAGCGACCUGCAGAAGGCAUGUGAUGAUCUGAAAGAGGAGCUGCGGCUGAAGGAGACGGCGACGCGCGAGUUGGAGGUAAGGCCACGCCAUCGGUGCAUGCACGCGUUACUGGUGUGGUAUGGUAUGGUAACAUCAUCUUCUAGGCGAAACUCGAAGAGGCGUCCCGGAACACGGUACCUGCCUUAUUGGACCACGACGCAGGAACCGGCCGUGGACAACAACAAGUGCGACAGAGCAUCGAGACGACUCGGCGGCGGCCACGAGCCAUAGCACCGGGAUUUGUUCGCCUGGAGCACGAAGGUGACAAGCAUUAUGUUGACAUGUUCGACGGGCACAAGGAGCCCAACCCACAGUGGCAUAAUCUCGAUCUUCAGGAAUGGCGUAACUCCAAAGCGCUCGGGAAGCUCGACCCAGUGCGGCCAUGUGUGUGGAAAUACUCUGCGAUUGCAGGUUUGCCAGAUGAGCGUGGAGACGCGGACAAGGCAAAACGAGGACAUCGCCGGAUGGUGGAAGAUACGCAAGCAAGCCGGCCUCGGGACUCGGUUCUAGAUGGUCAGCAGGCAACUAGGAAGGCAGACGGAGCGUGCGGCAUACCAGAAUAUCGGCUGACUGCUCAUGGCGGCAAUAAAGACGCGAGGGAGCGCUUGCAAGUCUCUGCACCUGACCGCGACGCUACUGGAGACAUCUUCACGGACGGUGCUCACUCUCGUGAUAGAUCUCAGACGGAUGACAUGAGCGGCACAAGGCUCCGACUGUUCGGACCCCGUCGUGACAGUCUGAUUCCCACAGAAACCGUGCAGUCAGAGCACAGAAGCAUCAAGAAGCGCGCCGCGUCUCCUGAAUCAGAGGAAGCGAUGAGCGCCCGCCACCCGAGAUGUGUUACUUGCUGGAAGCUUGGACUGAAGUGUUUCACACCAGACACAGGGCGGCAUUGCACCAAAUGCAAAGGCAAGGGAAUGUGUGUCUUCAAGCGCUGCAAGCACGGCCUUGGCUGUCGAAGCUCCCAUUGCCUGUACGUACAUCCAGGGCAAAUCGACGAAUCGAGAUACAUUGUGGAGGAUGGGUCCUUCGGGGAGAAGCGUGCGCGUCAGGAAGAUCAGCCGGGCUCUGCUGCGCGAGUUCCAUCGCCUGAAGAGGCAACGAAUUCGACAAGAGGCAAAGAUAGGCCACGACAGCAGCAGCCUGUAUGCGUACGCUGCUGGAGGGGUAGCAAGUGGUGCCUGGGAGGACCUCGCUGCAGCAGUUGCAAAGAGGCUGGUAGUCAAUGCAUCUACAAGCACUGUCGACACGGGCUGGCGUGCAUGAAGAAGAAGUGCGUGUACAUGCACCCCGACCAGUACGAUCCCCACCAGGUGGCUUGGCAGGUAGAGGCAGGAGACCUUGGGGUUAAGAACAGCGAGAUGGGCAGCCAGUCGACCACGCGCCGGACCAACGAUGUCCUCCAUCGCAAGGCCAUCUGCAAGGAAUGCUUCGAGACAAGAGCGCUCUGCGAUUUCGACGAUGUGUGCAAGAACUGCCGUAUCCUGGAAGUGCGGUGUGUUCGUGUGUGGUGUGACGAGGGAGAGGAGUGUACAUCGAGACGAUGUCCUGCGGUGCACCCCGGACAGGUGGGCAAGGAGGCCAUCGUGGAGCAGGGACGGCUUCGUUGGGUGAGGGGAUGA